CCUUCGCGACAGCCCCAUUGGUCUCACCCUUACGUGGAACGCUGAGUGGCAUUCACGCCCGCCGAGGGUGAGCUGCUUCAAGUGCCCAGUGCUUGUCCUCGCCGCCCCGAGCGAGUCGCGAGACGCGGGAAGUGAGAGAGAGUGACCGCGGAGUGCCAGCCUUUACUCUUUAAAUUUUUUUGGUGAUUAAGAGAGAGUAAGCCGCUAACAGAAAGAGAGAGAGAGAUAGAGAGAGAGAUAAUCCCUCUGGAGCCCCGAGCAUCGCCUCGGUCGCUGUAGCUAAGGCCGAGGAACCGUUCCCGCGGGUGAGCCACUCGAAGGGAGGCGAGAAGUGUCGCUCUCGGGGUCCCGUGGCCCUCCCCAAGUGGCACCCAAUCUCACCUGGGGAGCGGUGCCGCCCUCAGCUCGCCCUGCUCAUCUGACCUGGCUUCGUAGCUCCUCCGCCAGAUUCGCUCGGAGGGCAAACAAGCUUGUUUAUACCAGAGGACGACCUGCCUUUUACGCUAAACUACAGUCAGACACGAACAACAAUUUUGCCCAAAAAAUCGAAAUAUAAAUAGUCUCCCAAAGUGACGUCACCGCGAGAGCCACAGGGCUGGCUCGUGUUAUCACCCAGCAGGUCCUGGCUCUCCUGCAGGGAGAUUGCGUAAAGAAUAAGACCUUUUUUUAUUUUUAUACCUUUGCAAUAGAGCCCAUAAGAAGGUAUCUGAAGGUAGUUCCCUCAUAGUUACCGAGUCAUAAAUAAAAAAAAUAAAAAAAUAGAAGUAAUAAUAAUAAUAAUACAAAAAUAAGGAUCGUUCUUCAACAACAAAGCGUUAUCUCUAUAUAUAUUUGUAUAAAAAAACAACAGCCAAGGUUCUCGGUUUUAGCUUUACUCAAGGAGUUUCCUCGUCGUCUUCGUCUCGUCUUGACCCCCUGAAGUAGCAGCAGAGAGCAGUUGUAAGCAGACUUCGAGGCCUAGGUCGCCAGCGGCAAGCAGAAGCAGUCAUGGGGUCUCGAUCACCGCAUCACACAUAUGAAUGAUAAAGAAGGAUAGGAAGGAAAGAAAAUAUAAAGAGUAUGUAUUGAUAAAAAGCAUUCAUUAAAGCGUCACAUAGAGAAUGAGCAAGUGACGAGGCCAAAUAGGGAAAUAAUUAAAAAAAAAAAAAAAUAAUUGGGAGAGAGAAAAAAAUAUAAGAUAGAAUAGAAUUAGAAAAAUAAGAAAAAAAUAAUAUAUAGAUUAGAAGCUUGGAUCAGAAACCGAGCGGCAAUCAAUUCUCGACCUAAUACGAUCCACAAUCAUCAACGAAAAUUCCUCCCACGCCACAACAAAAUCAAAACCAGUCUAAAAUGACUAUGGACGACAGCAAGGACUCGGCCACCUCGCCAAUCAUCGCUCAAAGCCCACCUCCCCAAAUGCCACAACAAAACAGUGAUGGAUUUUCCUUGAAAAAGGCGGGGGAACGGAUAUGUGAAGCCGCCGCUCUUUACAAUUACAGUUCAAAAGACUUUGCUUCGAGAAUCACAAGCACCGACAGCCCCGGCCUCUGCGCUUUCAUCCUCACCAUCAUCUCCUAUCUACUUAUUAUAGCUACCUUCCCUUUCUCGCUAUGUCUCUGUGUAAAGCCACUCCACCCGUCUCCUGGCCGCCACCACCCUGAGGAACGUCCUCGGCACACGCAACCUGGCUGAGAUCCUGAGCGAGAGGGAGUCCAUCUCCGCCACAAUGCAGAGCUCCUUGGACGACGCCACAGACCCCUGGGGCGUCAAGGUGGAGAGAGUGGAAAUCAAGGACGUCCGCCUCCCGGUGCAGCUGCAGCGCGCCAUGGCAGCCGAGGCUGAGGCCGCCCGAGAAGCCCGCGCCAAGGUGAUCGCCGCCGAGGGAGAGCAGCGCGCCUCCAGGGCCCUCAAGGAGGCCGCCGAGGUCAUCAACGAGUCGCCGGCCGCCCUCCAGCUCCGCUACAUGCAAACCCUGAACGCCAUAAGUGCAGAGAAGAACUCAACCAUUAUAUUCCCGCUGCCAAUCGACCUCCUCUCCCAUUACAUGAAGAGUGGGAACGGAAACGGCAAGAGAAAGACGAAAAGCAAGAAGGAGGAUGUUCUCUCCGACGAUGAAUAGGGCACACUAAAAAGUUCGAGAUACACAAGAGAUUCCACUUUGAGAUGUACUGCCAAGCUAGCCUUCAGUUAGAGCCGUGUAGUUUAUCUUAGCCAUUUUUGAUCCGAGCUGUAAAUUCUUUGGCUACUUCGGCUAAUGUUGUUUUCGAAGCCGGUGGAGGGGCGGGGGUUGAGCGAGGGAGAGGGAGGGGGGGGGGAGGAGAAGGGGAGAAGGGGGAGGCGUGUAGAGAGGGAUAGGUGGCGUGUAGAAAAGGGAGCAAUAAUCUCCCUUUGUUGUUAUAUGGCCCCUCCCCCCUUCCUUCCCCUCCCUUCCAUUCCCCUCCGCUCCCCACACCUGCCCCCCUCCCCUGGCGAGCUUACCUCUAGUAGCCUCUUAGAAAUGUAUGUCUCAGGAAUGAUUCAUAUCUUCCAGGUCGGUCUAAGUAAGAAUUCUAAUCCACUAGCUUAAGAUAUCUUGUAAAUAACCCAAGGGAGAAUAUAAGAAGAUGGGCAAAUAUCCAAUAUUUUUGUAGAACGAUGAAAAUCAAAAUGGCAAAAAAAUCACACACCAAAAUGAUCAUAGAAGAUAAGACCACUAAACACAUUAUCAAAAAGUGAAUACUGUGCAAGCAGGGAAAAUCCAACACAGAUGUUUGUAAUCAGGCAUAUCAGCAUGACCAAUACCACAUAACAGAGAGGUGCCGAGCUGAACAGUUCAGUGUGAAUAUCUCCCUGUUCACUGUUCCCCAAAAGCUCCUGGAUUACGUGUACUUAGACGAACAGGAAUUAUAUAAGUAUUGUUCUUUCACAUACAGUAGGACGGCAACAAACAUUUCUUGUGUAUCUUGAAUAAAGAGAGAGCGUGUUUUGGUGGUACGACGACAGAGAGCGUUUCAAGCUGACUUCAACACUGUAAUUAGGUUUAUGUAUACUUAGUACAAAUAUACAGAGUUUCAAACUGCGCAAUGUACGGGAGAAAAUGCAAAAUCCUCACCAUUAUAUACACACCUGUCUUCACAGAGGACCCGCUCUUGAGGAGAGGUUAGUUAGCGAAUGCCAAAUAGAAGAAGAAGCAGAAGAAAACUUUUAAAAAAGAGAGAUAACAGUAAGAUUGAAACAAUUUGUACUCUUCCCGCGAAAGCACGCCCAUGACUUUUUACAGUAACCAGGCUUGAAAGGAUUGCUGUUGAUAAUCACUCAUAGAUCUUCUUGUUUAUUGUGGAUCCAAAGAGACUACGAAGAAGCGUUUCUCUCUGGCAAUUUGCCAUUUUUCUAGAUUUAUCAUAUCCAUUUACGUAUGUGAGUACAUAUAUAUAUAUAUAUAUAUAUAUAUAUAUAUAUAUAUAUAUAUAUAUGUAUGUAUGUAUAUAUAUAAUUCAUUCUUUUCUAACUGUACACUCGACACUGGAACUAAGGAGGGAAUCAUUCUAUCAGUUUUGUACAAAGAGUGAUAACCAAUAUUCUAUUCCCUCGAAAAAUCUAUCGUUUGUACUAUUUCCGAUCACAUGGUUGAAUCUCCCCCUUAAACAUAUAUCAGAUUCAGUGUUCAGCGAAUUGUAAGUGACACAUCUUGUGGACUCUGCAAAUUAAAUUUUGCAAGAAAUUUGUAAUUAAAGUCGAUCCCUCUUUGCUUUCCUCUGCAAGAUUGUGAUAACAAUACAAAAGCAAAAAAAAAAAAAAAAAAAGAAAGAGAGAUAGAGAGAGAAAGAGAGAGAAUAAAUAAAUAAACCUAAAAGCCGAAUAGAGGCAAACCCGCCACAGAUGCGUCACAAGGAACGUUUCUUAGUAAACAACGGAUCCACAGCAACACAUGUGCAUAUCAACCACGCCACUCAGUCCCCUAUACUCCACCUGAUGAGUGUCUGACAGACGAGUAUGAUGGCAAUAAGUAUACUUCAGCCCCUACUUCUUGAGCAUUUGGUAUGCCCCGUCUCUAAGGUAUGUAAAGAAUCCUCUCAAAAAAGUAAUAAUGAUGAUAAUGAUAAGUCAGUAAUGAUAGUAGUUCGGAGAAAAAAUAUAAACUUCAUCAACUGCCUCCCUCAAGUCUCUUUGUUUGUUUGUUUGUUUGUUGACGUCUUUGCGUGCUUGAGGUGUCAUGCGUCCGGUCGAAGGAGGAGGCAUGCCAGAUUUCUGAAGUGUAGCGGGCUGUGUUAAAGACAUUAUGUUGCACUCACUCGAAAUACUUCUAUUACCGUAUAUAAAUAUAAAUAUUACGUAGCACUCAAUAGCAAUAAUAAGGAAAGAGCUUCGUUAUAAAAGUUUCAAAGUAGUCUGAGCAAUUAGCUUAUCAAAAUAUAAAAAAAAUAAAAAAAGGCGUAGAGUACGACAAUACGAAAUAUUAUCAAAAUCUCUUAGAUUUUGUAAAAAAUAAUAACAAAUCUAUUCAACAAUGGAAAAAUAUAGGUAUAACCUGUCAGUCUAUAGUAGUUUUUUCUGAUAUCAAUAUUUUAAAUGUCCUGUAUAUGACAAACUUUGCAUGAAGUCUAUGUUGCAUAUUGACAGAUUUUUGUAUUGAACAAAAAACAAAAUAUUAUAUAACUGUGAGAUUCUAAAUGACUGCACUUGAUAUUAGAGAGGGUUCUUUUGAGCGUGCAUCGCCCCGGGCACAGUCUGCGGCACAGGUCGUGGGGUCGAAUUCAAGAACCGCAGAAGCUCGCCAGUCUAGGCAGCUUUUCGUCCCAAUUUUUGUCUUAGUUUUAGCCUAGGCCUACUCGCCUACUCGCGCGCUGGAGGUGAAAUGUUCAAUUCAUAAUUGUCAUUUUUUUAUCAUUUUAUUUUCAAUUGUUUGUUUCCGUUGUUGAAGUCUCUGAGAACAAAUGCGGAAUGCUCCCGCCGACAUGUGAGAUCGAGCGGGAAACUUCAUAGACGCAUAACGUACUUCAUUUGCUGUAAAAUGAUAUAUAUUAAUAGACUGUUUUUAGAUACAGAGACAGAAUCAGCUGGACGCAAAGUGUAGAAGAAAAAAUGCCAAAAAAAAAAACUGCGGCUUUUGAAUACGGCUGUAUUAAUGCUUCUAGGCGAUAUAUUUUGUGAUUUUUUUUUUCUGGCGGCCAUAUUUCUUAACGGGCGAACAUCUUUUGAAUGCAGUGGAGGUCAGUUUAACGAACUUUAUCGUACAUCAGUGAUUAAGAUAGUCUUCUAGCGUCGUCCACUGCAUCCGAAACCCUUCGCUUAAAACUGAAAUUCACCCAAAGAACAAUAAGAAUCACUAACAAUGUGCCCAAUAAAAAAGGACAACUAUAGAACGAGUGUGAUUCUUUUCAAUAUUUUUUUCUUACUAACAACAAAUUUCAUCACUAACGAUUUCUCAAGCCCUCCCGCAUGCUAUUUGCGGUUAUCCAAAUCUCCUUUUUCGACUAACCCCCCCCCCCCCCCUCAAGAAGAUACACACCACUUUACAAAUA